UCUGCCUGUCCUGGGAGAGGUACGGUCUCGAGCCAUGUCCCGGCCGACGCUCGAGCGGGGCCUUGCGCUGCUGCUGCGUGCCGUCUCUCGCCUUCUGCUCGCCCUCCUCUCGCUCGUGCAGUCCUUCGGCUCCCGGGACCUGCGGCCGGUGCCGCCGGCCGUUCAGCCCCUCCUGCUGCUGCCCGGUGUCGAAUUGGCCCGCAGGAUCCGCCAACGACAGGUAAAGUGUGUGGAUGUAAUACAAGAAUAUAUCAACAGAAUCAGAGAUAUCAAUCCGAUAGUUAAUGCUCUUGUUGCAGAGAGGUUUGCUGCUGCCUUGAGGGAGGCCCAGCAGGUGGAUGACAGGCUUGCUGAAGCGAACGAAGAUGAGAAGUUGCUAGAAGAGACUGUUCCUUAUCUUGGUGUUCCUUUCACAGUCAAAGAAGCAAUUGCAUUAGAAGGUUCACCCAAUUCAUCUGGCCUUGUCAGCCGAAAGAAUGUGAUUGCCCUUACUGAUGCUGCUGUUGUGACUAACCUCAGAAAAGCUGGUGCCAUCCCAUUAGGUGUAACAAACUGCAGUGAACUAUGUAUGUGGUAUGAAUCCAGCAACAAUGUAUAUGGAACAACUAGAAACCCAUACAAUGUGGAUCGCAUUGUAGGUGGAAGCUCAGGUGGUGAGGGAUGCAUAAUUGCUGCAGCUGGAUCAGUAAUGGGGGUAGGUUCUGACAUUGGUGGGAGUAUUCGAAUACCUGCCUUCUUCAAUGGAAUUUAUGGACACAAGCCUACAACAGGUUUGGUACCUAAUGAUGGUCAGUUUCCAAAUGCAAUGGGUCUAAAAGCUGAAUUUCUCUGUACUGGUCCUAUGUGUCGUUAUGCUGAUGAUCUCAUUCCAAUGUUCAAAGUCAUGGCUGGCCCAAAUAUCUCCAAGGUGAAACUUGAUGAAGAGGUUUAUAUUAAGAAAGUAAAAUUCUAUUCCAUGGAACACGAUGGAGGAUCUCCAUUCCUCUCCAAAGUGGACAAAGAACUGAUUCAUGCUCAGAGAAGGCUAAUUGAAUAUCUUGAAGUGCAGUUUGGUGUUCAGGUACAGCAUGUUCAGAUCCACAAGAUGAAGUACGCUUUCCAGAUUUGGUCAGCAAUGAUGACUGCCUCAGAGGCUGAUGGCAAGGAAUUCAAGUCUUUCAAAGAUUUGAUGGCAGAUGGUGGGAAGGAGAUAAAACCAUUGUGGGAGCUAAUGAAAAAGGUUCUGGGGAUAUCACCACACACAUUUCCUGCAAUAGGUCUUGGUAUUGUGGAAGAUUUGGCCAAGGUAGAUCACCGCAGUAAUGUUAAGCUGAUGAGCAUGUGUCACAACCUACAGACUGAGCUGUCCAGUUUACUAGGAGAUAACGGUGUGUUGUUAUAUCCAUCCCAUCCAAAAAUUGCACCUAGGCACCACCAUCCCAAACUUAUGCCCUUCAACUUUGCAUACACAGCGAUAUUUAAUGUGCUUGGACUGCCAGUGACCCAAUGUCCCCUUGGCUUAAGCAAAGAUGGACUGCCUCUUGGAAUUCAGCUUGUGGCUAAUCACCAUAAUGACCAUCUCUGUUUGCAUGUGGCUCAGCACUUAGAGAGUGCCUUUGGUGGAUGGCAAAAUCCAGGAGCAUCCUAAAUAAAUCCUAAAUUAGACGUCGUCAUGCUUCAAAAAUUAUAGGAUUUUAAAGAAUUAAUGAUAGAGAGCCAAAAUUCAUGUAUAGAUGUUCAAUAUCAAGUUAGAAGAUUUAUUCCUUUGAUGGAGAAUUAUCACUUAAAUAUGUCAAACCCUGUAAUAAUAUAAAAGUGAAACAAUUUUGAAAGCUUAUGACUGAUGCUUGUAGCUGUGUUUUUCUUAGCUGUUAAUUGAUACUUGUGAACACCAAGUCUGCACACUGAAGGCAUCCCUACUAUCAUUGAUGUAGAAUUAUGUUUGCCAUUAUUUGCACUGUGAAUAAUUUGCCUGUACAACCUUGAUCAUUCUAGUUAGUUUUAAUAGAAGUUUUGUUCUACGAGAAUAUAUAACUCUAGAAUUCAUUUCCAAACUGCAGGCUUUUGACAAUUUUUUUAUACUUCAUGUACAAAUUAUUUGUGCUGAUCUGUAAUUUAAAGAAGCACUUCUUUAACCACUGAUUUCCAUAGUCAUUUUCAAGUUGGUCCUUCGCUUAUUUGUAACUUUUGCAGUUUAGUAGAACUCAGUGUUUAUUGUGCUUCUUUCUUUGUAGCUCUGCUAUUGUAAAAUUAAAGUGUGAUGUAAUAUCUUAAAGUAAAUUUAGGACAGGUAGACUGUUCUAAAUAAAAUUACACAAGUUAGUAAAUACAUGGAAAUCUAAGAAUGUACAGUUAUGGAUUCAUAUGGCAUUGCACUGUUAAUUUUGUU